AUGACCUCGCCAAACUAUAACUGUCAUUUCUCCAUUGCCAAUAUCCCGUUCGGAGUAGCCUCGUCCAAGUGCCAUCAGAUCCAAUGUGCCACUCGGCUUGAAAACAACGUCGUCUUCCUUGCAGAGUUGCAGCGAUCAGGAUUCUUCGCUGGAGUUUCUGGUCUUCCAAAUAAUGUUUUUGAAAAACCCACGCUCAACGAGUAUGCGGGCUUGGACAAGUCCGUACAUCGCCAAGUUCGGGCCGUGCUGCAAGAAACAUUGAAGAAGACUUUACCCACGGCCUUUACCGAAGAUAUCAGCGCAGUUACGUUGUAUCUUCCCGUUUCCGUAGGCGGCUUCACGGACUUCUCGUGUAGUCUGCACCACGUUCGCAACGCGGGGCGCGCGAUCAUCAACGAUCCCACUCCCCCUCCUGGAUUCUUUCAUUUCCCAAUCGCAUACAAUGGCCGCGCUAGCACUAUCGUGGUCUCGGGAACUCCAAUCAUUCGACCGCAUGGCCAUUUCUAUGACCUGACCGCCUCUUCAGAGAAAAAGCCGAUCAUCUAUGGCCCGUCGAGAGCCAUGGACUAUGAGCUGGAGAUUGGUUUAAUCGUGGGAAAGAAGCUUGACGCCACGCAAGGAUUGAAUGCAAAGGAUGCAGAUGAACAUAUCUUCGGGAUGGUGAUUCUGAAUGACUGGAGCUCUCGCGAUAUUCAAGCAUGUGAGAUGAAGCCGCUUGGUCCGAUGAAUGGAAAGUCAUUUGGCACAUCAAUUUCCCCUUGGGCGGUCACAUUGGACGCCUUGGAGCCAUUCAAAGUGCCUGGCCCCAAGCCCGAGGUUGCACUGGCCAGCCAUCUGGAGGAUAUCCCCGAGUCCAGCUAUGACAUUGGUAUGAAGGUCGAAAUUAUCACGGCAGGUCAAGCUUCGACUGUAAGCGAAUCCAAUAACCAGCACCUGUACUGGAGUGGACGACAAAUGGCAGCUCAUCUCGCAAGCGUGGGUGCCGAUCUUCAGACCGGAGAUAUCCUCGGCACGGGAACUGUCAGUGGCCCGGAUGAUGGAACACUCGGGUGUCUGGUAGAAAUGACAAAGGCUGGGAACGAACCCAUCACACUCGUCGAUGGCUCGAAGCGCACACAACUACAGGAUGGGGAUGUAGUUCGCAUGACUGCCGUGGCUGGGGGUGCAGGUUCUGGUGUUGGUUUUGGGGAAUGCGUGGGCGAGUUGAAGCCCGCGCAGAGAGUAUAG